UAUUUCAUUUUUAUUUCCAUUAAUUCCUUUUUAAUUUUUUUUUCUAAUCUCGGCGAUUUUUCCGUCGGAAUCUCCUAUUCCUCGCCGCACUUUCCUUCUCCGAUUUCUCCUCAAUUUCAGAUCCCAUUUUCAACUUUUUUUCAAUUCCUCACACAAAUCUCACUUUUUUUUCAGUUCAGUUAGAGCUAGAUUCGUUCUUACUUCACCCUAGAUUUGCUUCGGAUUUCAACUACACGUGGCGAUCUAGGUCAUCUUCAACACCAAAGGCAUGGAAAUGAGGUUAUAUAUGAUAUUGGAAACGAUGUUGGGCUGUUUGUAGAUUGUUUUUGAAGUUUGUUUGGUAAGUAAUUUGGUUUUGAAAUGGAAGAAAAUAAAGAGGAAGCGCUUAAGGCGAUAGAGAUUGCUGAGAAGAGAUUUUCUCAGAGAGACUUUGAAGGUGCGAAAAACUAUGCUUUAAAGGCGAAAACUCUUUGUCCUGACUUGAGUGGUGUAUCUCAAAUGGUGGCGACGUUUGAAGUUUAUUUAGCUUCUGAGUUUAGACAUAAUGGGAAGCUUGAUUAUUAUUCGGUUCUUGGACUGAAACCUACUGCAGAUGAAGCGGCUGUCAAGAGAAAGUAUAAGAAGUUGGCAGUGUUGCUUCAUCCAGAUAAGAACAAAUGCGUUGGAGCUGAUGGGGCGUUCAAGCUUGUUUCCGAGGCGUGGACUUGUCUCGACAAUGCCAUGCGUAGUUCUUAUGAUCUCAAGAGAAGUUAUUCUUCUGUUGUUCAGGCUGCAGGUUAUAACAACUGUUCCAAUAUGCCGCCGAACUCUUGUAGUAAACUCGACACCUUUUGGACAAUCUGUACCGCUUGUAAGGUUCAGUAUGAGUAUAUGCGCAAGUAUGUCAAUAAAAAACUCUCUUGUAAGAACUGCCGUGGCGUUUUUAUUGCUGUUGAAACUGGUGCUGCUCCAGCAAAUGGUUCAUUUCCGUAUCAACCUAGGCCAUAUGUGCCAGGAAAUGGGUUUGGAAAUCAAUCAAUUGAUGGAGUUGCAUAUGCUCCGACUAAUGCCGGCUAUUUUAAUGGGAAUGGAGUCCCGGGAUACCAUUCUGGACACGGGUACGAGUAUGUUUCAAAUGUUUCGUUUCAGAUGGGCUCUGCUGGUUUUAUCCAUCAAAAUGGAUCACCUACUGCUCUACCUACUGGUUCUGUUUAUCCGGUCAAUGGAAAUGCAAAGCGAGGAAGACCAAAAGUCAAACCAGAAGUAGCUAAUGGAAGGCAUCCUAUGUCGGAGACUAUGGUCAACAUAAACUCACAUGUAUCGUUCUCGUGUAAUGAACUGCAGGAAGUUAAACUAGGUAGACCUGACAAGAAACGUAAACUUACGGUGGGAACCAGUUUCAGAAACGGAUAUGAUGAAAAAGGGUCAAAAUGUGCUUCAGAAGCAGUAGUGUCAAAUGGAAAUGAUAGCGUUGGAAAUAGCAGAAAUGGCCAGAAGCUUUCUGGUGCAAGUGAAGUUCAAACCAAACACUGUUUCACUCCACCUGCAUUUGAUGCAAGAAAAUUAUUGAUUGAGAAAGCCAGGACAGUAAUUAAGAAGAAACUCGAAGAAAUGAAGUUGUCAUCCGAAGCUGCAGCUCUAAAAGAAAAAGAAAAGGCGCAGCUUCCGAAUGAUGUUUGUCUAGUCAAAAGAGAGACAUGUAGGAAAGCACCUCCGAAUGUUGUUUCUGGUCUUUCAUUUGAACACAGGAAAGCCAAUCCGAUUUCAAUAACUGUCCCGGAUUCUGAUUUUCACGACUUCGACAAAGAUAGGACAGAGGAGUGUUUCCAGCCAAAGCAAAUAUGGGCCUUAUAUGAUGAGGAAGACGGAAUGCCACGAUUGUAUUGUCUGAUCCGCGAGGUUAUAUCUGUUAAUCCUUUUAAGAUCCAUAUCAGUUACUUAAAUUCCAAAACUGAUACCGAGUUUGGCUCAGUAAACUGGCUUGAAUCAGGUUUUACCAAAUCUUGCGGAAAUUUCAGGGCUUGGACUUCAGAUAUUGUCGACCAAGUCAACAUAUUUUCUCAUGUUCUAAGCCGCGAGAAGGCUGGUCGAGGCGGUUGUGUUCGCAUAUAUCCAAGGAGUGGAGAUAUCUGGGCUGUUUAUCGAAAUUGGUCUCCAGAUUGGAACCAUUCUACACCUGACAAAGUGAGGCAUGAAUACGACAUGGUGGAGGUGCUGUAUGAUUACUCCGAGGAUCUCGGUGUCUGUGUUACUCCUCUUAUCAAGUUAGAUGGAUUCAAAACAGUAUACAAGAGGAAUCCAGACCAAAGUGCCGAAAGAUGGAUACCGAGAAGAGAAAUGGUACGUUUUUCACAUCAAGUUCCUUCUUGGUUGCUGAAAGGGGAGGAAAGCAAAUUGCCGGAUCGGUGUUUUGAUCUUGAUCCAGCUGCAACUCCGGACGAGCUUCUUCAUACUGCUACAGAAGCAAAAGCUUUGUAGGUUAUAAAUUGGUGUGAAACAAUUACUUGGAUUAUGCUUUAAGCAUUCAUGAUAUUUUAGAUUUAACUGUACACUGUCACACUUGGUUGGUACAUACCACCUAUGUGAUGUGAGAUUAACAGAAGAUGUUUUAGGAAAAGGGUCAUAUUUUAGUUUGUAACAUUUGUCUUAGACUUUAAGAUCUAGUGAUUGCUUGUUGUCACAUGAGUUGUAACUCUUGUUGUAAGAGACUUCAGGACACAUUCGCAUUGUAACUGUAUUUCUGACCAGUAUUUUACUGGUGAAGAAUUGAUUCAAUCAAAGGCUGAAACCAAUUUUAAAUCCAACAA